CUAAUUUGUAUGAUAACGUUACGCCGUUAUUUUGGGGUUCUACUGUAAUUUACUUUUCUAAUUUACGGUAGAAUUUUGUAAUGUAAACAGUUAAGAUAAGUAAUUUUGUUUUAGGUGGGGUUUAACGCGGAAUUUUACGUGAUCUCUGUUAGAUUUUAACUUAGAUAUUUUGAUGAGCUGGCGUGAAUUUGCAUAACAGGUUCAUCUUAAUAAAUUAACGAAUUAAAGCGAAUAUUGUCAUUUUCUUCAAUACGUCGAUAACUUAGACAACCAUAGUAAAAUAAUAAUUUGAAAACUAUUAACUAGAUUUAUGUUACAAUUAUGCGAAAAAUUAUUUAAAUUUAAUACAGAUGAUUAACGUAUCUUGUUUUUGUUACAGAUACCAAUGCCCUGAAAAUGCCGCCAUCAUAACCAGAAAAAAAAACAAAAAAGAAUAAUGUGAAAAUAUGAAUUGACACACAUGAUUUCAACAACCAACUUCACACACACACCGUCAGAUGUGAACACACUACCGUACGACUGCAGAAAUAUAACAUUCAACUACAAAAAUGCAACACAGAACUGCACUUACGAAGUAUCGGAUGAUUACGAGAAUUCGGGUUUCGGGAAGACGAAUUUCACAAACGCGACGUACACGAUGUCAAAUGACAAUUUUACGGAGUACGUUGAGAUCCCGUAUUACAUAAAGGCGACGUCAAUGACAUUUUGUAUUGUGAUAAUGUGUCUUGGGGUGAUUGGGAAUGUGAUGGUGCCAAUAGUAAUACUAAAGACUAAGGAUAUGAGGAACUCGACGAAUAUAUUUCUGGUGAACUUGAGCAUAGCGGAUCUGAUGGUGUUGCUGGUGUGUACGCCGACUGUGCUGGUCGAGGUCAACUCGAAGCCGGAGACCUGGGUGCUGGGAAAGGAAUUGUGUCUUGCAGUACCAUUUGUAGAGUUGACCGUAACUCACGCGUCAGUGCUGACCAUCCUAGCGAUCAGCUUCGAGCGGUACUACGCUAUCUGCGAGCCAUUGCGCGCCGGGUACGUCUGCACAAAAACCAGAGCAACGCUCAUCUGCGCGCUAGUGUGGUUUUUCGCCGCGCUGUUCACCAGGUACUUUUUAGGGACACUUGAACAAAUAAGUUAUUUUUUGAAUUUCGUUUUAAUAUCAUUCCAGGGCACUAAAGAGGAAUUGUGAUUUUUGAAAUUGUUUGGUUGAUAAAAUUGCGAUCAGCAAAACCCGUUUUCAGCAUUAUCGCAUUUAACAGCUAUUUUGUGAAUCGUGAAGCCUUCAGUGAUUAACAGAGGCGUUUGACCGCCGGACAGCGGCAGAUGCUAAAUAGUGUCGGCUUGUUAACAAAUUUCGACUCUAAAGCUAUUAAUAUAACGCCCAAAAUGGACUGUGGGUGUCAGCUGCUUUCAGCUAAAGACUUAUGGAAUAACAAUUUCGUGUAAUAUAAAUUGGUUUCAAAACUGAUAUUCGAAGGCAAUUUAUCAUUUUGAAAGCGAGGAUCCUUUUCGCGCAUCUGAGGACUAAGGACGGCCGUGGUUAUCUAAAAUAGAGUUUUUUUCAUACCGUUUAGGGUAAAAACACAUUAUUCAUACGUCGAUCAUUGUGAAGGGAGCUUGCCACGUCAUGUGGAUGCGUACUAAGGCUAAUACAGUUUCCCUGUCUUCUUAAAUUCUAAAUCUUUAAUAAAUCAUGAUUAUACAAGUAGACCGGAGUUUUUUGGAGGAACGCAAGGCUAUUUUUCUUAUAUGAC